AUGUACAACAUAAUCUUGAAUGGUGCGGCUAUCGCGACAGCCGAGCUGAACAGCUCCGCCUCCUCCACUCUCCCUGUCCCGGUGGACGCUGAAGCUUGGCCUUUAAAGAUGGAGGAUGGUUCCAGCGAUCAUUUGGAACUUCUCGAACAUUAG